UCGUACAAGCUCCUUCUCGUUCAAACUCGAACUAACUCGUUCAAUUCUCGUAAUUUCUUGUUCGCAGUGAUUAAUUAUGUUUUAUUGUCAUAAUUAUUGAAUUUCAUAAAUAAAUUUUAGUCUAAUUAAGUAUUAUUAUGCGUUAUCGGUGAUAUACUUGUGCUAUAAAUAAUCAUCAAGAAAAAUAGUAAAUUCACUGUGCUAAAGUUGCAUUUUUCCACGUGGAUACCUGAAUAUCCAGCGUUUAUACCAGGACUAUUCCUAUGUUGAAUUUCGUGGACAACGUUUAUUCUACCAUUUCUGAAGGAAAAGGGCAUGGAGGUCAUGGCCAUUCUGGUGGUCACAGCCAUGGUGGUGGGCACAGCCAUUCCGUUGGUCACGGUCAUUCUGGCUCAUCAAAUUCAGGAUCAAUCGACUCAGGAUCAUCUCCUUUAUCAGAUUAUUCAGGAUUCUCUGGAUCUUCACAUUCAUUAGGAUCAUCGGAUCCAUUCAGACCUUCCGAUUUAUCUGAAUUUGGAAUCUCUCAUGUUGGAUCUGAUGGAGAUUCUGGGCCUAGAAAUUCUAACCACCAUAGACACUACGACGAUAAUGAACACGACUACUCAUCAGGUUUAAGUUACCGUUCAACUGAAUAUCCUUUCGACUCUACUGACGAAUACAGAAGUAUGCAUGAACUUGGUGAUAAAAUGGCCACUAAUAUAGAGGAGUAUGUUAAGAAGUAUGCCACCAAUAAAAAAGCCACCACAGUAUAUGAUUAUAUAACGACAACAACAGAAGCUUCUAGGGUGGCGAGCGACUAUUCUAACUCUCUGGUUUCAAUGGCUGAAAAUAUGGCAAAGAUGCUCAAUUCAAUGAAAGCAUCUUUGAAACCUACGGGCUUAGAUCGGGAACUUGAAAACUUACAGAAGAUAAAUAAUGAAUAUUUAAACAAUAGCAAAUUUUAGUAAAUAAAUUUGAAUCGCUAAAUAUGGAAACGAGUAUUCUUGAAUUCAUGUAUAGUCAGUAGAAAUUAAAAGAGUAUUCAAAUAACCAUGAUAACAUUUAUUAAAACUGAUUUUAUUUUAUUGGUAUUUAAUCUGAAAAGCUAGUUAUGACAUAAAAUAUGCAUUGAUUUGUAGGUUUAUAAAUAAUUUCGCUGCGCACCCAUUUUUCGAAUCCAUUUAAGUUGAAUAAAAAUUGUCUAACAAAAUUUAUAUAACUAGGUCUUAAAAAACUGCUAUUUAUAAAUUAUUAUGAAGAAAGUUCAAGGAGUUUUUUUAUUUCAAGAUCAUCUGCUGAAGACAGCAAAAGUCAAAUUUUUAGUGUCGGUAAUUUUGAAAAGUAUAAUGAGUAGCACGAGAUAAAAGACGCUAUUGUACUCCAUGAGCUGCUAGAAAACUUCACCGUAGCCUAACAUCAUUUUGUCUCAUUCUUUACCUCAUAAUCUAUUAUAGCAGUAUUAUUUCAAAGAAUCUUGUUUUGAGUUG